AUGUUCUGGAAGUUUGACCUGCACACGAGCUCGCACAUUGACACGCUGCUGGAGCGGGAGGAUCUGAGCCUGCCCGAGCUGCUGGAUGAGGAGGACGUGCUGCAGGAGUGCAAGGUCAUCAACCGCAAGCUGCUGGACUUCCUGCUGCAGCCGGCCCACCUGCAGGCCAUGGUGGCCUGGGUCAUCCAGGAGCCGCCGGCCAGUGGGGAGGAGCGCCUGCGCUACAAGUACCCAAGUGUGGCCUGCGAGAUCCUGACCUCGGACGUGCCCCAGAUCAAUGACGCCCUGGGCGCCGACGAGUCCCUCCUGAACCGGCUCUACGGCUUCCUGCAGAGCAGCGGCAGCCUCAACCCGCUGCUGGCCAGCUUCUUCAGCAAGGUCAUGGGUAUCCUCAUCAGCCGCAAGACUGACCAGCUCGUGACCUUUCUGCGAAAGAAGGAUGACUUCGUGGACCUGCUGCUCCGGCACAUCGGCACCUCAGCCAUCAUGGACCUGCUGCUGCGGUUGCUCACCUGUGUGGAGCGCUCGCAGCUGCGGCAGGACGUUGUCAAUUGGCUCAAUGAAGAAAAGAUUGUCCAGCGUCUGAUUGAGCUGAUCCAUCCCUCUAAAGACGACAAUCAACAUUCCAACGCGUCCCAGUCCCUGUGCGACAUCAUCCGCCUGAGCCGGGAGCAGAUGAUCCAGGGGCAGGACAGCCCAGAGCCCGACCCGCUGCUGACCACCCUGGAGAAGCAGGAGACCAUCGAGCAGCUCCUGAGCAACAUGUUCGAGGGGGAGCAGAGCCAGUCCGUGAUCGUCAACGGAAUCCAGGUGCUGCUGACACUGCUGGAGCCCAGGAGGCCCAGGUCCGAGUCCAUGACCAUGAACAACUUCUUCUGCAGCGUCGAUGGGCAGCUGGAGCUGCUUGCCCAGAGCGCGCUGGAGAGCCCUGCGUCCAGUGUGGGUGCCUUGCACGCCCUGCGGCCGCGGCUCAGCCACUUCCACCAGCUGCUACUUGAGCCCCCCAAGCUGGAGACGCUUCAGACCACAUGGGGCAGCCUGGCCCCUCCGCUGGGGAACAUGCGUCUGCACGUGGUCAAGCUCCUGGCCAGCGCCCUGAGUGCCAACGACAUGGCCCUCACUCAGGAGCUCCUGGCGCUGGACGUGCCCAACACCAUGCUGGAUCUCUUCUUCUGCUAUGUCUUCAACAACUUCCUGCACGCGCAAGUGGAGAUGUGUAUCAGCGCCAUGCUAAGCUCUGGGCCCCCUCCCGACAGCAGCUCCGAGACCCCUGUCCCCAACCCCGUUGUCAAACACCUGCUCCAGCAGUGCCGCCUGGUGACGCGGAUCCUGACGUCCUGGGAGGAGAACGAGCGCGGGCAGUCUGGGGGAGGCCCACGGAAAGGCUACAUGGGCCACCUGACCCGAGUGGCCAAUGCCUUGGUGCAGAACGCAGAGAAGGGACCCAACGCCGAGCAGCUGGGGCAGCUCUUGAAGGAGCUGCCGGAGGAGCAGAGGGAGCGGUGGGAGGCCUUCGUGGCAGGGCCGCUCGCCGAGACCAACAAGAAGAACACCAUCGACCUGGUGAGCACCCGCCCCCUGCACUCGUCCAGUGAUGACGAGGACGACAGGCUCAAGGAGCUCAGCUUCCCUGAGGAGGCCGUGCUGCAGCAGGCCUUCAUGGAUUUCCAGAUGCAGCGCAUGACCUCAGCCUUCAUUGACCACUUCGGCUUCAACGAUGAAGAGUUCGGGGAGCAAGAGGAGAGCGUCAACGCACCUUUCGACAAAACGGCCAACAUCACCUUCUCCCUGAAUGCGGACGACGAGAACCCCAACUCCAACCUGCUGGAGAUCUGCUACAAGGACCGCAUCCAGCAGUUUGAUGACGAGGACGAGGUGGAGGACGAGGAGGGCCAGGGCUCCGGGGAGUCGGACGGCGAGGACAGCGCCUGGCGGAGCGGCCAGCUGCACAGGGGCGCCCGCCUCCAGCACCAGAGUGUCCGGAGUGGAGGCAGCACCGACAGUGAGGAAGAGGAGGAGGAGGAAGAAGAGGAAGAGGAGGAGGAUGUCAGCCACGUGGCGAGGGGAGGGGCCGGUUCCCCUUCCUACCUGAGUUCCGGUCCCCUGCCCACGGCAUCACCACCUCAGGGCCCUGGCUGGACGGCCACCUUUGACCCAGUGCCUACUGAAGCCUCUGCACACCCCUGCAUCUCCAGGGGUGAGGAGUCUGGCCCCGUGGUUGUGGCCCCCCAGGGCCCCCCCGAUGGUCCCCAGGACCCACAUACCCCAAGCCUGACUGCCCCCACGGCCAGCGAAGCCCUGCAGGUUAGGUCUAAGGACCCUGCAGUCCCCUCAGCACCUCAGGAAGCGGCCGCUGGUGGUACGCCUCACUCUGCUCUCUCGCCCACAGCCCCCUGCCAGGCCUUGAUCAGCGUUGGGGACCUCCAGGCCACCCUCAGUGGGAUGCGUGGCACCCCCAGCUCCUCAGACAGUGCAACCAGAGACCCCUCUACCUCUGUCCCAGCCGGGGCGCAGCGGUCCCCUGUGACCACCGAGAGGGAGGCGACUUCGGAGCCCAGGGGGCUGUCCCAGCGCCAGAGCACCCAGGCCCUGCAGCCGUCUCCAGUGCCUGAUGGCUCUCCCCUGGGGGAGCCCCCAGCGCCCGGCUCCCCGUGCCAGGCCGAGGGCUUGCGUGCUCCCUGGUCACCGUGGGGCCUGCUGCCUGCCGGGCUCGAGCGUGCCUGA